GCUCCUGCUUUAGACCAGACUCUGCCCCGGCCCCGGAUCGGCACCUCCCGGGCUCGGCUCCUGCCCAGAUCCGACGCCCACGCCCCCGCGCUGCAGCUGCCCCAGCCCCACUCUGUCGCGGGUGCUCGUGUCCCGGGCACGCAGCCGGGCGCCCCAGCGUCUGUCCACGCGCCCCGCCGUCUUCCUGGAGCGCCGGCCCGCGCGCCCCGCUAGCCGCUGCCCCGCACUCUCGGGGGCCGCUCGCCUGCACCCUGGAGCGCCGGGCUUCGAGCCUCUGCCAGCUCUUCUGGAUCUUUGCGGCCGUGGGCAGCGGCGGCCUGGCCUGCCCGCCCCGAGGAGGACCUUUGCUACUGCAUUUGCCCAGUAACUCUGGCUGUGCCGUGCACCCCUUGGAUAAAACGGGCACCCCUGGAACAUGGCAGACGAAGACCUCAUCUUCCGCCUGGAAGGCGUUGAUGGUGGCCGAGCCUCCAGGGCUGGCCACGAGGGCGAAUCUGAAGCGGACAGCGAUGAGGACGAAGGUUACUUCAUCUGCCCCAUCACUGAGGACCUUGGAUCCAACCAGAAUGUCCAUCCUAAGGUUAAUAACUACUACAGCGACCUAACGCGCGGUCAGCAGUGUGACUCCGGCGGCUCCCCGGCCAGCUCCUUCCACUUCAAGGAAGCCUGGAAGCAUGCAAUCGAGAAGGCCAAGCACAUGCCUGACCCCUGGGCUGAGUUCCACCUCGAGGACAUCGCCACUGAACAUGCUACUCGGCACAGGUACAACGCUGUCACCGAGGAGUGGCUGCAAGAUGAUGUUCUGAUCAAGAUGGCAUCUCAGCCUUUCGGCCGUGGAGCAAUGAGGGAGUGCUUCAGGACGAAGAAGCUGUCCACCUUCCUGCAUGCCCAGCAGUGGAAGGGUGCCUCCAACUACGUGGCCAAGCGCUACAUCGAGCCGGUGGACAGGGACGUGUACUUCGAGGAUGUCCGCCUGCAGAUGGAGGCCAAGCUCUGGGGCGAGGAGUAUAAUCGGCACAAGCCCCCCAAGCAGGUGGACAUCAUGCAGAUGUGCAUCAUCGAGCUGAAGGAGAGACCCGGCCAGCCACUCUUCCACCUGGAGCACUACAUCGAGGGCAAGUACAUCAAGUACAACUCUAACUCGGGCUUUGUCCGCGAUGACAACAUCCGCCUGACUCCGCAGGCCUUCAGCCACUUCACAUUUGAGCGUUCUGGCCAUCAGCUGAUUGUGGUGGACAUCCAGGGUGUGGGUGACCUCUACACUGACCCACAGAUCCACACGGAGAUGGGCACAGACUUUGGAGAUGGAAACCUAGGAGUCCGAGGGAUGGCUCUCUUCUUCCACUCUCAUGCCUGCAACCGAAUAUGCAAGAGCAUGGGCCUCACUCCUUUCGACCUCUCACCCCAGGAGCAGGACGCACUGAAUCAGAACACCAAGCUGCUGCAAUCAGCCAAGACCAUCUUAAGGGGGACAGAGGAAAAGUGUGGGAGCCCCCGAGUGAGGACCCUCUCUGGCAGCCGGCCCCCGCUGCUCCUCCGCCUUUCAGAGAACUCUGGAGAUGAGAACAUGAGUGACGUGACCUUCGACUCUCUCCCUUCCUCCCCAUCUUCAGCCACACCACACAGCCAGAAACUGGACCACCUCCAUUGGCCAGUGUUUGGUGACCUCGAUAACAUGGCGUCCAGAGACCACGACCAUCUCGACAACCACCGGGACUCAGAGACCAGUGGGGACAGUGGAUACCCCAGUGAGAAGCGGGGUGAGGUGGAUGACCCUGAGCCCCGAGAACACGGUCACUCAAAUGGUAACCGGAGGUACGAGUCUGAUGAAGACAGCCUGGGCAGCUCCGGACGGGUCUGUGUGGAGAAGUGGAACCUCCUGAACCCCUCCCGCCUCCACCUGCCCAGGCCUUCAGCGGUGGCCCUGGAAGUGCAAAGGCUGAAUGCCCUGAACCUUGAAAAGAAAAUCGGGAAGUCCGUUUUGGGGAAGGUCCAUCUGGCCAUGGUGCGCUACCACGAGGGCGGGCGCUUCUGCGAGAAGGACGAGGAGUGGGACCGCGACUCGGCGCUCUUCCAUCUGGAGCACGCGGCAGACCUGGGCGAGCUGGAGGCCAUCGUGGGCCUGGGGCUCAUGUACUCGCAGCUGCCCCACCACAUCCUGGCCGACGUCUCUCUGAAGGAGACAGAAGAGAAUAAGACAAAAGGAUUCGAUUACUUACUCAAGGCAGCUGAAGCUGGCGACAGACAGUCCAUGAUCCUUGUGGCACGAUCUUUUGACACCGGUCAAAACCUCAGCCCAGACAGGUGCCGAGACUGGCCCGAGGCUCUGCACUGGUACAACACUGCCCUGGAGACCACGGACUGUGAUGAGGGCGGCGAGUUCGACGGGAUGCAGGACGAGCCCCGGUAUGCGCUGCUGGCCAGGGAGGCUGAGAUGCUGUUCACCGGUGGCUGCGGGCUGGAGAAGGACCCGCAGAGAUCAGGGGACUUGUACACCCAGGCGGCGGAGGCAGCUAUGGAAGCCAUGAAGGGCCGUCUAGCCAACCAGUACUAUCAGCUGGCAGAGGAGGCCUGGGCCCAGAUGGAAGAAUAAACUGCCAGGACAAUUACUUCCAGCUAGUCCCAAGCAAAAGGGCUAAGGGGUUGGGGCAGGGUCGGGGUGGGGUGGGGAGACUCAUUUAGUUUGAGAAGGAAGAAGUAUUUUUCAUGUGCUGUAAUUUGACUUUUGUAUUUCAUUUUUUGAACUCUUGAAAAAAGUCUUUGCUACUAGCAGAGACCCUGUAGCUGCCCCUUAGGACAGUAUUUUGGGGGAAUGGGGAUUGAAAAUGCAGCCUAAUGAACCAUCAGACUGUUUUGAGAUUCCGUUUGUAUUUUUACUUCUUGCUUUCUUGUCAUGAGAUGUAAAGAAGUGCUUUUCCACCUUGGAUGGACGAUAUUAGGCCCUUGCUCACCAGCCUUUCCAGACUAAAUUCCAGCCGCAGGCCCUCGGAGCCCUGUGUUUCAAGAAUUAAGAUGGGAAAUGUAGAGUGAACUUCCGGUGGGCAUUUUUUGCCCUGAUUUAGUGCAAAGUCUUUGUCCAAGCAUUUGGGAGCGUGCAUGGCAUUUUUCAGGGGAUACCCAGCCUCCCUUCUACCCUGGGGAAGGGCCUACCCAUUGAUAGAUUUCUAACUUUUUAGUUUCCUCCCACCCUGAGACUGAUUUUUCUAGCAUCCAGCCAGAUUCCAUUUUUGAAGCAUGCUUUUUCCCAUGGACUUUGCAAAAAAGGUUUGAUUUGGGUAUGUACACAUUUACUACCUCUAAUUUGUACAUCAGUCCUUCAUGUGGAAGAGGGUACAUCUCAAAGCUUUUAUGUUCAAGGACAUUAGCUUGCAAUAUGGGAGACUUGCCUCCAAGUGGAAUGUACUGUGCAUCCCAGUGGCUGCUCUGCACAGUGACUAAGCGUCCCUUGUACAGUAUUCCUCAGCAUUUUCUUAUGUAAAGAUACUCUUAACGUAGAAUCUGCUCCCCAGCCCCCAUUCUUAGCAUUUUCUGCUCCAAGCUGGGCUGAUUUUCUUGUAAUUUGCAGCUGGCUGCUUUCAACAGCAGCCCCUUGAGAUUUACUAAGAUGUUUGAGAAUGAGAGGGCAAGAACUAUAAACACUCAUUAGUUCUAGUAGUUUCCCCAGGGCCAGGCUACAGUAUCUUUAUUUAAUGAACUUUCUCCUUAAAAGGAGUUCCUAUUUAAUGCUAGUAUGAUUUCACUAGUUGUUUCAAACAGCUAAGAAAUCAAUUUGAUCAAACACAAAUGUUAGAGCAGCCUCUUCCUUGAACAAUCAAAGGACACAAAGCCAGGUAACAUACACUUGUAUCUGUUUAAGACAGUCCCUCAGCAUUGCCUUGUGGAGCACUGUGGCUUGGUGAACUUGUGCAAAUAUUAGAUUCCAAAGGCAAAUGUGCCCUUCAAGGAAAGAUUAAGUCAAGUCAGCAUUACUGAAAAAUCCGUUAGUCCACCCAGAUAUGGGUGUAUCCCCAGUUUUUGCACAUGGACUCACAACAAUUUUCCUUUAGAAGUUGGUACUGAUCACUCAUUUUUCAUCUGUACCAGAUCAGUACUUGGCUUGCUUUAAAUUUUAUGUGUUUUAAACCAGUGCAUAUAGUUAAAUUGCAUAUGUUAAAUGUAAGCAACUUUAUUGCAACAUAAACUUUUUUUUUUUUUUUUUUGGUACUAGGGAUUGAACCCAAGGGCGCUUAACCACUGAGCCACCUCCCCAGCACCUCCCCCACCCCCUUUUUUAAAAUUUUGAGAUAGAGUCUCUCUGAGUUACUUCAGGCCUUGCUAAGUGGCUUUGAACUCCAGAUCCUCCUGCCUCAGCCUCCCCAGCAGCUUGGAUUACAGGCGUGCACCACCGUGCCUGACCUGCAGGGCUUUUAAACAUAGUGCCUUGGCAGAGUUGGUACCAAGUAAGUGUGUGAAUGAAGGGAGGGCCAACUCCAGUGAUGGAACUCACUCUUGAGGCUCUGCUUCCUCCAACCAAUUAAUGAUUCCUUGUCUGGAUUGUCUUAACCAUCAUGCCUGCAAUUCCUCUCCCCACCCACCGGCAUGGCCUUACUGUCACAAAGUGAUCUUUUUCUCCUCCAGGAGGCUGGGAUGGCCUGCAUGCAAGUUUAAGGACCUUUGAGAAUGAAAAAAGAACUUGCAAGGUGUUGAGAUCCUUCUGAGCCAGCAAAAGCAUUUAUUCCACCUUUACAACUUAGUUCUGUGUUUUCUGAAACUGGUUAAGGCAUCUCACUCCCAAUGCACGCACAAAUUCUGGGCAUGCCCAACCAAACCAAAGCAAACCCAAGACAGUCCAGCUCAGCUAGAAAAACAUCAGAGACUGUCUUCAAGUGCAAGAAGCAGGUGGAAGUCCAGAUUAGCAGAGCCAGGAUUAGCAUCUGUCACCUUCAUCUCACAAAGAAACCACAGGUUCAUGUAAAUUCUGUCACAUGAUGCUGCUAGUUAGAGGCUAAGCUGGAGCUAGGGCUUGAGAGAUGCUGUUAUUUAGAGGAUCCUGGGGUUAUAAUUUAAACUGGAAUUCAAUGACCCAUUCAGGUUUUUGGUUGGUUGGUUCAUUUUUAGUAACCAGGGAUUGAACCCACUUAACCACUGAGCCACAUCCCCAGCGCUUUUUUAUAUUUAAUUUUGAGACAGGGUCUCACUGAAUUGCUUAGGGCCUCACCAAGUUGCUGAGGCUGGCUUUGAACUCGACAUCCUCCUGCCUCAGUCUCCCUAGCCACUGGGAUUACAGGCGUGCGUCACAGCGCCUGGCUCAGUUAUGAUGUAGGUAAAAGAGAAAUAAACAAAUGAGGACAGGCUUUAUGGGUGUAAGAAAAAAGCUCCAGACCCCAGCACUUUGGAAUAUCACUGCUCCCCUUCUCACUGAGGCAUUGUGGGAAUUUACCUUCAGUACCACCUGCCAGGUAAACCUUCUUGCUCUUUUGGUGAUUUUAUUACCUUCCAUCCCAGCACCUUUUUCUGCAGCACUAGACAUGUACAAGUCAACAAAUGUUUACACAAGUAUCUGCAGCUUGGUGGUGGGGGAGACACACUGUGUAUAUUCUCUGGGGAUUUGUGCCUCUUCCUUGCGUUUCCAGUCUCAGAGGUAAGCAUCCCACCUCCUCCAGUGGACUCUGGGUGGACCCAGAGAAGUGAAUCACAGUAUAGAUUUAUAUUUGCAUAAGUACUAAGUUACACUUCCUCUUUCCAAAUAAAAUGGUUUCUUUCUUG